AUGCAGGCGGCCCGCGGCGCCGCCGACAAGGAGAACCGGCCCGCCGAGCCGCGCGGGGCCGUGCCGGGCACCCCGCUGAAGCAAGCCGCCGCCUCGCCGUCCGUGCUGGCGGAGGUGCAGCCCGGCUGUCAGCCGCUGGCCACACCCCCGAAGCCCAAGGAAAGCCUGCCCGCGGAGCCCUGGACGCCCACCUCCAACCUCAAGGUGCUGAUCAGCGCGGCCAGCCCCGAGAUCCGCAGCAGGGAGCAGAGGAAGGAGCUGUCAGACGCCACGGGUGAGGCCCUGCAGCCCAAACGCUGCUCGCAGGAGCACUUAUUGGGAGAUGAGUAUGAAAAAUUGCAACCAAGUCGCAAGGAGAAAAGCCUAGGAUUACUGUGUCAUAAAUUCCUAGCUCGAUAUCCUGAUUACCCCAGCACUGCAGAGAAUACUUAUAUUUGCCUCGACGAAGUAGCUGAAGAGCUCAAUGUUGAACGUAGACGAAUAUAUGAUAUUGUGAACGUGCUAGAGAGCCUACACAUGGUGAGACGCCUUGCCAAAAACAGAUAUGCUUGGCAUGGGCGACAUAAUCUCACCAAAACUUUGCAGACCUUGAAAAAAGUCGGAGAAGAGAACAAAUACACACAACAAAUUCAGAUGAUCAAGAAAAGAGAGUAUGAGCAUGAAUUUGAUUUAGAUGGUGAAAGAAACGAAGAAAUGGCGAGGUCUUUUGUCUCAAAUGAGCAUUCAGAAAUGUGUUUUGUGGAGCUCCCAGGAAUGGAAUUUCGUGCUGCAUCAGUAAAUAGCAGGAAAGACAAGUCCUUACGAGUGAUGAGUCAGAAAUUUGUGAUGCUGUUUCUUGUAUCAACUCCUCAAAUAGUAAGCCUUGAAGUUGCUGCUAAAAUCUUGAUUGGCGAGGAUCAGUUGGAAGACCUAGAUAAAAGCAAGUUUAAAACCAAAAUUAGAAGACUUUAUGACAUAGCAAAUGUUCUCAGUAGCCUUGAGCUUAUCAAGAAAGUUCACGUUACAGAGGAGAGAGGUAGAAAACCAGCAUUCAAAUGGACGGGACCUGAGGUCUUGCCAAGUAUUCAGGACACAAAACUUGAACCAACUUCUGCGACCUACAUUCCACAUAUUUCAGAAUGCAUCACUUCCAGAGAACAGUGUUCAAAAAAGCUGUUUCCUUCAAGCGUCAAGCAGAACUUCACUCGGCAUCCAUCCCUAAUAAAGUUAGUUAAAAGUAUAGAAAAUGACAGAAGGAAGAUCCAAUCUGCUCCAGCCAGUCCAGUUAAAAUAAGCACAACAAGCACUGAUCAAAAUGUAUCAGCUUACACAAGUAAAAUGUCUCAGCUUGCAACGAUCGCUCAACAGCAGCUGGAAGGACCAUCAAAGAAAGCAAAAGAGAGGAAAAUUGAAUUGCCAAGAUCUGCUUCGGAAAACAAUCUAUCGUCGCCUGAGGUAGCCCCCAAGCCCGAAACUCACACUGCAGCACCCUCUCAGAAGUCAGUUCUCACUCAGCCACUAGGUGUCUUACCUCCGAGCCACAGUUCGGUGUCACCAGUAAUACUACCUCAGACUCAUUCUGGUGUUUCAUAUGCAAUAUAUCUGCAUCCUUCCCAAGCCCACACCGUGACAACAUACAGCCCAAGUUUCAUGUUGCAGCCUCUGCCAUGUGCUAAUGUGACAGGAAUUAAGAGUAUUCAUUCAAAAGUCUUAAAUGAAAUAACCACUGAGGAAGGGGACAAUCACAUAGCUGCAGAUGAUCCACGGAAGUCCUUGACAGCUAAAGGAAGACCAGAUAUACAAUCUGAAUCUUCAUCACAGAGGUGCCUUAAAAGAUCACAAGCAUUACAAGAGAAUAAUUUGAUUAACAAGUAUAGAAGAACUGAGGAAAGCCUUGAUACUUCCAUGGGAGAGUCUGUUAAAAAUGAAAGACCACCUUCCAGUGGCUCACAAAUGAAUCACGAAAUGGACAAUUUCCAGGAAGAGAAACAGAACAAAUGUGAAACAUUCGAUCUAAGCGUGGCAAGUUGCUCUGACCAAUGUCAAAGAGCAGAUACUCCAGAAGAUGACAACAGAACCAAACCUGAACAAGACAUUCCUGUGGCAUUUGCCAUUCCUGCUCAUGAGACCUUUUUUCCAUCUGGCUACCUUAUUCCUCUUGCUCAGUGCACCCACCAUGGCAAUAAAGCAAGCCUCUCUGAUAGAGAGAAAACUGGGAUAUGUUCAUUACAGCACAGUUCCCUCAGCUCACCCCCUGCUGGUGUCAUUCCAGUGACGGCCUCUGAAUUGAAAGCAGUUAACAUUCCUGCUUUUCAUAUAACAUCCUUGAAUAUAAUGCUGUCACCAACUUCUAUAGCUGCUGCUGCACCUGUACUAAGCAACUCCUGUCAAAAUUCAAGCAACACCAGUUCUGCCCAAAAUCCAAAUUCUUCAGUUCUGAACUUUACACUGCAACAUGUAGGGCUAAUACCUGCUGGUAUGCAAGUUCCUGCAAAUCCUGUUCUUCAGCAUAUACCAAUUUCUCCAAAAGCAAAAAUUAGUAACCACAGCUCAGAAAACAUGAACUUACAGGAAGAAAAGCCUAGUGUUCCAAAGGAACCCGAAGAGCCCCAGACAACAACAGAAAUGUUUUUCCGCACACCAGGAGGGCCAAACACAGUAUCUUCACUGUCUGCAAAUUCAGAUGGUACUGACAGAACCUCUCAAGGAACCCUAUGUAUUCCUCAACGAAAACUUGAAGUGUCAGAAGACUAGUUUGGGGAUAGCAAGUUGCUGACUGUGUUAACAGGCAUAAUUACUGAUAACACACUGCACACACAAUGAAUGCUAUGAUGAACAAAGUGUGUUUUGGACGUGUAUUGGCAAGACUGCAAUACUGGAAAAGCCUUAAUGCUUUAGAAUUAAAACUGGCUCUUAAUGAGAAAGUUAAUGUCUAAUAUAAAGUAUUAUAGCAGCAACGUUAUGUAUCUAGUGUUUUCUGUGUUGCUUUUCUACUAUGCAAAGUAACUGAAAUUGCCUUUGUACAGAAAGGUACAGUCUAUCAGUCAGUACAUAUUUUGCACAAA